AUGUUAAUUCAGAACUUUGUGAUAGGUAAAAUCCUACUUCCGCCUCAUGAUGAUGAUGAUAAUGAUGUGACUUUGUUCAACAACAUGAUGAGAUACUUAUUUAAUAACUGCCGAAAAGAGUUUGGAACGAUCGGAAUAUGGGGUAAUCAACCAAGUUUUCUCAAAGAUGGUGAGAUGGAUGUUGUUCUGAGUAAUGACAGCUGGCGAUAUAAAAUUCCAUUUCCAAAUAUCAAAUCUUUCGUGAUUUUUAUUGACGACUUGUUCCACAGUAUUCCGUUCAUAGAAACAAGAGAAGAAGGCAAUCGGCGCAAAUUGAUAAUUUUGUUUGUAUUUGAUAGAAGUGGAUAUUAUUUGAAAAACAAUUUAACUGGCUUAUUUCCUAUUAUUGGAGGCGAAGACUACACCAUGCAAAAUACAGUAUUUUAUUAUUGCUAUGUAACUAAUGAAGGAAAAAUUGAAAUUUUAACUGCAAACUCUCAUGCAGAUUUUGCACCAGCAAAUUGGGAUACCGAUAACUUCGGUGUAAUACCAGAAGAAUCAGUGAAUCGAUUGAUAACUAAAAACACUCCCACAAACGAAAUAGUUAAGCUGUUGGAUGAAGAGUGCGGAAAUUACAGCCUAUGGCUCAUGGAAUCUCUGAAUAUUUCACUAAAUAUAACUAUUAAAUUUUCACGAUCACUUAGGGAUGAAAAUAUUGUAAUUAUGAACCAAUUCGAUUUACUCGAACAUCAUUUGAUUCUGCAACCUCUUCCUCAGUCCGCAUUCAAUGGAGAUUUUGAUGAUGUCUGUAUAUCAUACCCAAUUCAGUAUUUUCACGAUGUAAUUGUGACUUCGAACCGAGGUCUAAUGAGCCCUUUGGAAAAAAUGUUUGAGUUCUACGGUUGGGUGACUAUUAUCGCUACCAUCAUUAUCUUAUCAGUGACAUUUUUGGUGAUUUAUCAGUCAAACAAUCAUAGAAUUUCCUUCGCGCUGUUAGAAUGUCUGAGAUUAAUCAUCGGCUACAAUCUCAACACACGAAUAAAUAAUGACAAUAUGCGUGUAUUCUUCUCCGUCAUUUUUCUUUACUUCUUAAUCAUACAAGCGACGUUUUCCGGGCAUCUUGCGACAUUCUUGACUAAACCUGUGCACCGAAGAAAUGUCGAAACUCUUGACGACCUAAAAGAUCCUCAUUACCAAUACAUUUUUUUGCCACGGAGACUUUAUGACUCGGACUUUAUCGAAGAUAAAUUAUUGAUUGAUAAAUUUAUUGGGAUGACUUUUUUAAGAACUGACUCAUUAAUCGGUGACAAUCGCGUAGCUUUGAUUAUGAAGAAAAAUUAA